UAGACGUUGUACUUCCGGAUGUUACAGAGUCGACACACAGCCAUGGCAGUGGUAGUUCUACUUUUUCUCGUCUCCUUGCUGGAUUCGGUUGAAGGUGCUGAAAAUCGGUUUGUGAGGUCUGGAUCGAACCUUCAGCUGGAAGCAAAGACAACUGGUCUUACAAACAAUGAAGAGUUUAUUUGGAAGUUUAACAACACUGACAAUCUUGUGAAAUUCAAAUUUGGUGGGCAGCCUACAAUCUAUGUAAAAAAUGUUUCUUUUUCUGAACAAAACUACUCUUUGCUAUUAAGGACUAUGCAACACAAUGACACUGGAAACUAUAAGGCAAUAAAAAGUGGAAGCAAAGACAUAACUGUUGCUGAAUACACAGUUAUAGUCCAAGAUCCAGUGUCUCCAGUGAAACUAACAGUGAUGCGCAGUGAUCCCAGUUGCUAUAACUUCACUGUGACGUGUAAAACAGUUGAUUCUCAGAUUAGUGGAUCUAUUCAAUGUGAAAAUAAAACCUGCCGUUUACUGGAUCAAACACACCUGAAGGACUCAUCUCUGAAGAUCUCUGUAGAGGAAAGCUCCAUCAUCUGUAACCAUAGCAACCAAGUGAGCUGGGAAAAGGAUGAAAAGAAUGUUUCACCUCUCUGUGAAACUUCAUCAGGUCUCAACACAGCCACCAUAGCUGGAAUAUCAGCUGGAACAUUUAUGGUGCUAGUGGUAUAUGUUUGCCUUGUGGUUAUAAGGUGUAAAAGAAAGAGGAGCGCAAAUACAGUGUAUGAAGUUCCUCAGGAACCUCCACAGCACAACCAAUAUGCAAAUCCUGCAGAAAUUACUGAAUGUCCUUCUCCAACAUCAACGUAUGCCCUGGUGCAGUUUUCCAAUCCUCCAGCGCAAAUCAACGUCACCAGCACCUCCACAAACCUGCAGCCUGAAACAAUUUAUGCUCAAGUUGACAGAGCUGCCAAGUCCAACUCAAAACCUGCAGCAGCCAGCAGAUGACAGCAAAGAAAAGAAAAAUGGAAAAUCUAUAUAAGUGCAAAAUGAUCAUGAACUGCCUCUCUGACUGAUGUAAAAUAAUUUUUUUUUUUAAAUUCACAAGCCUUCUUAAAAAAGUAUUGUGCCUUUUUUUUUUCAAUAAAUGUAUAACUAGUACAAUUCAUCUGGGACUGGUCAAAUAUAUCUUGUAUUAGACCCUGUUACGCCCCCAAGGUCUAGGGGUCCAGGGGCAGUAACAUAAAAAUGUCCAGAGAAAAAGGGGUUAAUUAAAAAGGUGAUUUAUUAAAAAAAAGGAGGUUUCACAGAAUCAAGACACAAUACAACUUAACCCAAUUGAAACGGAAGAAAAUGACUAACAAAUUUAAGAAUGUGCAGUGCAAAUUAAAUUACAAAAGUUCAAACAAGUCAGUCUAAAGGUAACGCAAAACAAUCCAAAUCAAAAGACAAAAGGGAGCACCAAACCUCCCUAGCACAAGUUUAGAGCGUGUAAAAGCAAACAAAGUCAAACUGCUUUAGCAGACCAAACAAGAGGUCAGCUUUACAAAACCUCUUCCUACUAGCUGUCCCACUGGAGGAAUGAUUCCAUCCAUCCAUCCAUCCAUUUUCUUUACACCCUUCUUCCCUAAUGGGGUCGGGAGGGUUGCUG